AUGGUAUCACCUAGAUCAAGACCGCACAAUAGUGUGGAUCAUAUUGAAGAGUCUAAUACUACCGCCAGUCUGUUUUUAGGCGGCACCCGGAGGAACUGGAUGGGCCCGCAGAACGCCCCGGAGAAAUCGGCUACGCGAAAUCCUCACGUUGAGCUUCGAGUCCCUCCCAACUCUCUUACUCGCGAGCUUGUAAUGUCCCCCGUCACGCCUGGUGAGACCCCUCCCUCACGCGGUCCUGUUCAUACAAAAAUCCCCGACACGCGAACCACGGCUCUUCCCUCACCCGUUCUCAGUACAAAUUCUCACCCAAGUCCCGUGGGCGCCGAUGCGAUCAUCUCAAAUAGACCUUACACGCUGCCACCAACCCCUACACUAUCCAUAGCACAGCGUGGCGAUGAUGAGCGCAUGGCAGUCCAACCUCCUCUCAGCGGGCUCGCCACGUCACAAAGCGUGACCCAGUUCCCUCUAAUGGGACCCGACUGGUCCACAAACUCACCCCCGCCUACAGGCACACGUACAGGUGCUAGCACAGAACACACAGCCUCGGGGUCACGACCUAGUCCCCAACAAAAUGGGGGAGUUGAGGCUGCGGUCAUCUCCCAUAAGACAUGGCAACAAUGGUCUGCUCAAUUGGAUGCCUUGGUAGUCGAUUUGCGCACAAUGGGAGCACUGCCUCAUCCUCAGCCGGGGGUGACAAAUGUUAUUAGGCCUCGGAUCGACUUGUUACGCCAGGCCAUUAGUCGUAAGGACGCUUUCUAUUUGGUGAUGCAUCAAUUGUACUGCCGAUAUAGCAUUGAUCCAACUACAUUGGGUCAAAUUAGAGCCCCUGAGAUGGGAAUGGUAUGGCUCAAGCUUCUUCUGGAAGAUAAUAGAAUGAUGCAUGAUGCCGCUACCGUUGGGUUUGCCCAUUUCCCGGAAUCUCCACAGCGGUUGAUGCAGACAAAGUGGUACCUCCAGGUGUUGUCCGGAAUUCCAGAGUUUUUAUCACGGCUUGAGACUGAAUGGCAGGAUAUCUGGCGUCAAGCCCCUCAUCCCCCGUUGGUGUCUCAUCUUUGGGAAGCACUCGCUUGUCCGUCUCCGAUUUUGAUGUCGGUGAUGUUUAUGUGUGUUGCACGGCGGCUUCACAACGAGAAAGAUAUCGAACCUCUGCUGGAAUUGUUUUGGAAAAAUUUUACAGCUUUUAAGCAGUGUAUGGAGGCUAACCUCCCCGGGACGACUCAGACGGAUAUCAACCGUCAUUUUGCCCAAGAGUAUCGCAACUUCCCACGUUCAUCCGAAUAUCUACCACAGACACCAUCUUCCUCUCGCUCUGCACCUCCCAGACCUCAGAUUCAAAGCAUGUCUCAAGCUGCUCCAGGUUUGCCGUCACCAUAUCCCAGAUCUGAGGUUGCUGGUGUCAGUCAAUCUGCCAUACAUUCACCUGCUCUAAGCCCACUUGGUGGACCUUUGCAGCAAUCUACCUCAAAUUCACCCCAGGGGCCUCUUGUUGGUCCACCUGCUGGGUCCUUUCAGUUUGGCAUAAACUCACAAGUGCAGAAUACCCCACAACAUCAUUAUUACAACCCUAUGCCACAAGGGCAAGGACAGAGACAAGGACAGUGGUAUCCUGCGAAUUCACAUAUGAAUCCAAAUAUGAACCCACAGAUGCAAAUGCACAUACAGGCAGCGCUUGGACAGGUAUCACCUUGUCGGACACACCAAUCGCCGCAAGUUCCACAUGGUCAACAAAUGCAGCGUCGAGCAAUGAUGCCCACGACUUCAGUAGUGCCCGUCGACCCCUCCCUCCAAUCGAGUGCUCUCACCUCUACACAGUCAGCGCAGUCACUCCACGCUCCAUCCCCCAUAUCCGCGACAUCAACUACUACAAACCAAAUGGUCCAGCAGCCGAUGCUACCACAAAUGCCUAAUAACCAUCUCAACCGACAGCAUUCGAUGAACUCGCAACCAUCUGCCUCACCGAUCACACGUGCACCCCGGAGACAGCGAUUCCAACAUUCACCUAACACUGCUUUCCUCCCAGUACCUGGCUACAGAGCACCAAUGGUGGUGAAUCCAAAUCCAAUGCGUCUCGGCCUACAUCUGGUUGAUCUUCGCGAUCCUAUGAAGAAGCUGGUAAAACAUGGUUCACAUGGGAAUGACAUUGAGACAGAUUUGUUUACCUAUCCCGAAACCUUCGUUGUAUACCCAACCGUCAUCAACGUUGACCAGCCGACCUACACCUGGAAUUUCUCUUUCACGAAUGACGAGCGCCACAGAUUCCCACACAUAACUCCGGGGCAAGAGGGCCAAUAUUCGGUCUGGACCUUCCGGCCUGGUUGUCGCAAUAUUCGCCUGCGAUGCAUUCGUCUUCCUGGCAAUCCGGAUGCUGUGACGGAGCAGACCUGGUCUACCUCGGGCACUUUCUGGCCCAGUGUCUUUUACAUUACUGUAAACGGCACAGAGCUCUAUGUGCGACGAAAGGUUCAUCACGGAAAAGAUCUGCCUUUGGACAUCACUGAGUACCUUCAAACCGGCGAGAACAGCAUACGGCUCGAUAUGAUCCUAGGACAGGAUGAAUGCAAGACCUCCAAAUACGUCUUCGGAGUGGAGGCCAUGGAGAUCGCUGAGUUUGACCAGAUACUCAGCCUGGUCCAAUCCGUCUCAGCCGCCGACUCUCGUGCAGCAAUCCAAAAGCGGCUUUCUCCUAUCACCAACGACGAUGACCUUGCAGUUGUCACCGAAAACCUCACAAUCGACCUAGUGGACCCCUUCAUGGCACGCAUCUUCGAUGUCCCCGUUCGCUCGCGUCACUGCAACCACCAUGAAUGCUUUGACCGUGACACUUUCAUAAUAACCAGGAAAUCUGUAUCAGGCCCCGCACCAAUGGUCGAUAACUGGCGCUGCCCGAUCUGUAAGGCAGAUGCACGCCCGCAAUUCUUGGUCGUCGAUCAGUUCCUUGCCGAGAUCCAUGCCCAGCUCACCUGUACAAACCGACUUUAUGGGGUCAGAGCAAUCCAGAUCAAAGUUGAUGGAACCUGGACCCCCAAGUAUGACACUGAUGAGACCUCACCCGUGGCAGACAAACACUUUUCUCCGAAGCGUAAGGCCGAAGAUACACCAGGCCCUGUUGCCACGCGCCCUAGAAACGAUGUGUCCAAUGCUAGUCGCAGCCAGGCUGUUCGCAUACAAGAACCCACGGUCAUUGAACUGGACUAA